GAAAUCUUGGUAAAUAGCAAACCUCACCAGUUCUCUUGUGCUCUGGGGAAGAAUAAGAGGCAAAGAUGUCGGAGCGAAAAGUUUUAAACAAAUACUACCCGCCUGAUUUUGACCCGUCAAAGAUCCCCAAACUCAAGCUCCCCAAAGACCGGCAGUAUGUGGUGCGAUUGAUGGCCCCGUUCAACAUGAGAUGCAAGACUUGUGGCGAAUACAUCUAUAAGGGUAAGAAGUUCAACGCACGCAAGGAGACUGUGCAGAACGAGGUCUACCUGGGCCUGCCCAUCUUCCGCUUCUACAUCAAGUGCACAAGAUGCCUGGCGGAGAUCACCUUCAAGACAGAUCCUGCAAACACAGACUACACCAUGGAACACGGGGCCACGAGGAACUUCCAGGCCGAGAAGCUUCUGGAAGAGGAGGAGAAGCGGAUCCAGAAGGAGAGGGAGGACGAAGAGCUCAACAACCCCAUGAAGGUGCUGGAGAACCGGACCAAGGACUCGAAGCUAGAGAUGGAAGUUCUGGAGAACCUGCAGGAGCUCAAGGACCUGAACCAGCGACAGGCACACGUAGACUUCGAGGCGAUGCUGCGGCAGCACCGGUUGUCAGAGGAGGAGCGGCGCCAACAGGAGCAGGAGGAGGAUGAGCGCGAGGCGGCGGUCCUGGUGGAGGAAGCUCGGAAGCGGAGGCUUCUGGAAGAUUCUGACUCAGAGGAGGAGGAAGAGGCACGGGGGACGGCAGCAGCUCCAGACAAACGCCGGUCCACCCCACGACCCAACCCCACAGCCAUCCUAGAUGAGGCCCCCAAAGCCAAGAGGAAGGCAGAGAGUUGGGAGCGGAGUGUGGGCACCCUGGGCGGCACACCCCAACUAUCGGGCCUGGUCAUCGUGAAGAAAACAGAUCCAAAUGGUGACACCCCAAAAGUCCAGGGGCCUCUGGCCACAGGCUCCAUGAAGAAUGGCAUCCCCCAGACACCAGUUUCCUCCUCCCUGAGCCAACUGGGGGCCUAUUCGGACAGCGAAGACAGUAGUGGCAGCAACUGAGCACCCUGUUGUGGGCACCAUCUCGGCCCAGCACAAUGGACCAGACAGAAGUCCUGGUUCUGGCUUGAGGCAGGACAGUCACCUCUUCAGUUCAGGACCCAGUGUCCCUUCUCUCCUCCACGCCAGCCCCCCAGAACCUCGGGCUCCCUAGCUCAGCCUUGGGACAUCAUCAGAAGCCUCUCUUUUGACUCCCCCAGUGUCUGUGGGUUUGGGGAUCACAGUGGAGCCCCGACUCCCACAGGUCCUUCCCACCAGAGCCCAUAAGGAUGAAUCUGAGGAACUCUGGGAAGGGUCUGGAACACUCUAUCCUGGGGCGGUGGCCCCGAGAAAUCAGAAUAAAUGUUUGUGCAUUUU